AUGGACUUUGAGGUCUCUCUAGAGAACGAGCAGCAAUUCUGGGACGAGAUCCAAGACAUUGUUUCCUCCCCUUGCUCCACCGAAGAUCAUAUCGAUAAUGCGCUGAGGUCUUACUUGGGUCUGGCCACGAAAUAUAAAGGUAACCCUUGCUAUAUUCUGUGCUAUGAAUAUCUUCAGUCCGAGUUAGAUGUUACGAGGUGCUCGUAUAAAUUGCUUGCGUCGAAUAUCUUUGUCGCUCAUACCGAUUAUGUGCGGAGGCAGAUGGUUUAUGGGUUGUUGCAGGAUGACGACCCUGCGACUCUUCACCUCAUCGUAUCCUUUCUGCUCUUCGACGGUCGACAGCAUGACGUGGCGUUUCGGAUGAUGAACGAGGAGGGCCUGUUCCCCAGGUUGUUGGAGCUUCUGCAGGCGCGGAAUAGAAAGGAGAAAGAGGAGGUGCCUGCGGGGUUACAUCGAUUGCUGAUGGAUUUGAUGUAUGAAAUGUCGAGGAUUCAGAGGGUCAAGAUUGAGGAUUUGGUUCUCGUGGAUGACGAAUUCGUCAAGGGCCUCUUUGAUAUCAUUGAGGAUCUCUCGUACGAUGUCAAUGAUCCUUAUCAUUAUCCGGUUAUUCGUGUGCUGCUGGUUCUGAACGAACAGUUCAUGAUUUCCGCGCAUGAUCCGGUCGAUGAGCAUACGUCGAAUGGCUUGACAAACAAGAUUAUCAAGAUCUUGGCGAUGCACGGCAAUCUAUACAAGACUUUUGGCGAGAAUAUUAUCCUUCUAAUUAAUCGUGAAGCCGAGACAUCGCUCCAGCUUCUGACACUCAAGCUCUUAUACCUCAUUUUCACCACCCCGACCACCUACGAAUACUUUUUCACCAAUGACCUACACGUUCUUGUCGACAUCCUCAUUCGAAACCUCUUGGACCUGCCGGAAGAGGCGUCCGCUCUCCGACACACAUAUUUGCGUGUUCUCUAUCCCCUACUGGCACAUACGCAGCUGAAAUACCCACCCUUCUAUAAGCGGGAUGAGCUCAAGCGGGUGCUUAGACUACUCGUUCACGGUCAGCUCUCCGAUAGUGGGCCUGACCGGGAGAAGAUAAUGCACUUCGACGACGUGGACGAGACUACUCGAAGGCUGGUUCUUCGAUGCGCAACCGUGGAAUGGCUACGAGACCCUGAACCAGAAAAACCAGUCCAUGAUGAAGUUGCCACGCCCACAGAUAGUGUACCUCCUGAUGCUGAAUUCGGGGCACCAUUGGAAUCCUCUCGGACCCUCUCCCCCACGAGCACGGUCGACAGCUCUCCCGAGAACAUGUCGCCCACUAGACUAGACGGUCCGGACUCCAGUACAUCGAGCAUGGCUGCGCAUCACAGGCUCAGCCAAGUGCAACAACUCGGCAUGCACCUCGAGCCCGCGUCAUCCUCCAGCCUCAGCGUCCAAGAAGUAGCAUCCCAGCACGUGAAACCUGGCAUCAUGACACCCAGCCGCAACGAUGCCCGUGCUGCCACUGAUAGCCCAACGAGUCCAUCAAAGUUGUUGGGCAAGCCCAAAGUCAAGCCUCUGCCUCCGAGGGCAAGACGUUGGCGCGGCCGGCGAGACGACGAGCACGGACAAACUGACAAGAUCCCCGAAGACGCCGAAUCUCAACACACAAGUCUAAUCAUCCCACCCGCAAGUCUCGUCGCCACCAACAGCGCCAUCGAGCGCGCAAAUUCCACCGCCAUAGUUCCGCCCCCUGUCCCCAGUCACUCGCGCCGCUCAGCCUCCAAUCCACCCCCGGCUGUUCCUCCACCCCGACGCUCAACAGUCCCCCACCUUCACGCAGGUCAUGGAGGAGUAGGUCACCUUCCUGUCCCAGUCACGAGCCACUGCACCCCGCUUGCCAGUCCUUCACGACUUGCGCAGCAACAGCAGCAGCACAGCCCCAGCACAUCCACCACCGCACCAUCACCUACCCCGCCAACCGCCACCCCUGCUCCUCAGAAACAUACCCAGAAACCCGAGCCCCCUAAAACCCGUCGCCGCGGCCGCACGAGGAACGGCCCGGCUGAAUUGACGUAUAAACCCACUCCGGCGCCAGAUUUACCGGCGGGGCAUCUGGACAAUGUCCAGCAGAAUAGCCAUACAGAUAGCGAACCCAAGUCCAGCGCUACCGUGAGUGUCGAGGAAGCGGUGCAGAACGUUAGUCUGGAGUAG